GGACGGAGCACGUAGGAUUCAACGAGUCUCUUCCCUUAUCCACACGGAAAAGUAAAGUUCAUGACCGUGGAAACAGCCUUUAUCAAACAGACGAGGGAUAAACAAAUAUGAUGCCGUCACCCCUCUGUCAUGGAGAACCAGAGAAUGGAAACAACAUCUUGCUGACUGCCGAGACAAACAGCAACAUCCCCCACACCCAAGGGGGGACAGGCGGUUGGGAAGAAACAAACGUGCCCUCCCUGGUGAAUAAAACGAGGCUGGACGGAUGAAAAUGGGCAGGUUUAGACGCAAGUCCUGUUUGACGGCGCUGGCUUUUGCCUCGUUUAUUUUCUUAAUCGUUAUCAUUUUGAAAAACGCAUCCCAAGACGCCUUCUUGGACCUGCCAGAUGCAUUCGUUGAGGGCUUGCCACUCAAAGUCAACAAAGUGGAACACAAGCAGCCACAAGAACAGCAGCAAGAACAACAGUCAGAUAUGAACAACAAUGCUGAUGCUGCUGAUGCUGCUAUUGCAGCCCCCGUCACAGACAAACCACUAGACACUAAAGACACCAAGGACAUGAACAUGGACGCGGACGCCCUGAUGGCAAAGUACCCGGCGCCCAACUACAACGUUCACGCCUUCUACUACGUGUGGUACGGCAGCCCCCAGUUUGACGGGAAGUACAUCCACUGGGACCACCCGGUGCUGCCGCACUGGGACGAGAAGGUGGCCGCGGCCUUCCCCAAGGGACGCCACUCGCCGCCCGACGACAUCGGGGCCAACUUCUACCCGGCCCUCGGCGCCUACAGCUCCAGGGACCCCGCCGUCAUCGACGCACACAUGCGGCAGAUGAGGAUGGCAGCCAUUGGUGUGCUGGCAGUCUCCUGGUACCCCCCAGGCACGAGUGAUGAUAAUGGGGAGGCCUCCGACAAUAUAGUGCCUCUUAUCAUGGAUGCAGCUCACAAAUACCAGAUCAAGGUGGCCUUCCACAUAGAGCCUUUCAAAGAUCGCAACGAGAAGACCAUGUUUGACAGUGUCAAGUACAUCAUGGAAAAAUACGGAGAGCACCCGGCCUUCUUCAGGUACACCACUGGGACUGGCAAAGCCCUGCCCGUGUACUACAUCUACGACUCUUACCUGCUAAACGAGGAGGACUGGGCCCUCUUCCUGAAGCCCAACGCCCCACACAGCGUCAGGGACACCCCUUACGACGGACUCUUCCUGGGGCUCCUCGUGGAGGAAAAGCACAAGAGGUCCAUCCUGUCGGCGGGCUUUGACGGCAUGUACACCUACUUUGCCACCAACGGCUUCACCUACGGCUCCUCCUACCGCAACUGGAAGUCCGUCAAGGUGUUCUGCGACGACCACAGCCUGAUCUUCAUCCCUAGCGUAGGGCCGGGGUACGUGGACACCAGCAUCCGGCCGUGGAACUCGCAGAACACGCGGAACCGGCUGAAGGGCCGGUACUACGAGACUGCGCUUAGCGCGGCCGUGGAGUCGGGCUCCCGGGUCGUGUCCGUCACUUCCUUCAACGAGUGGCACGAGGGCACGCAGAUCGAGAUGGCGGUGCCCAAGGUGGGGUCGCCGCCGUACCUGGACUACUCGCCGCGCCGGCCCGCCGCCUACCUGGAGAUCACUCGCAAGUGGGCAGAGAAGUUCACUGGCGACUGGCUGUUUUGAUGGCCCUAGUGUCAAACUGUACGGUAGCCAUGUCCUACCAUACCCCCGUACUAAUUGAGUACAGGGAUGUCUCUGGACGUACUAUAAUUCAUAAUAAAGCACAUAUUUGUGGGCAGAGAAGUUCACUGGCGAUUGACAGUUUUGAUGGCCCUACAGCCUCAAAUUGUAGUCAUCCCUAUGACCACAGAUACGAAUGAAUGAAUCACCGCACAUUGGUGGACUUAGAUUUGCUGUUUUUAAUUUAUUUUAGUGAAAGACACGUUUUGCUCAUGCUUCCUGAAUGAGCAAAAUGAGUUAAUAAGUAAGCUAUAUUGACGAUUUCCUUACAUCCACUGCUGUCAUUGACAAGAAAAACCUUAGCAAAUCUAAGUUCAGCUGUUCACUGGAUUACUUAUGACUGCGCAUCAUCAGUUCCUGGACGGCUGUGCAUAGGAACUUUAUUAUCUUUCUGUUACUGUGUUCAAGACACAUGAAACGCUCCCAAACAGAAGCAGAACAUUACACGUUGAAUAAGGGAAGCUGAAACCAUUAUGAAUAUGCAAACCGGUGCAGCGGUAGAACAAGGGGCAUGUCUUACCAUACCCUAAUAAUGGGCUGGACAAAAUGGAUUGAUGAAGUAAAAGUCCUGCAAGAUAUUACAUUACAUUUAGCUGAUGCUUUUAUCCAAAGCAAGUUACAGGUAUUAUUUUUCAGGGUAUUGGUCACAGCCCCUGGAGCAAUGUUGGGUUAGGUGCCUUGCUCAAGAGCACUUCAGCCAUGGAUGUAAAUGUAAGGUGAGGUAUAAGGGUGGGAUUCAAACCUACAACCACCAGAUUGAAAUACCAACUCCUUAACCACUAGGCCACGGCAGCCACACAAGACAUUUCUUUUUUCCAUAGUUGGGUUCUAAAUUUUUGUUUUCUCCUGGCUGCGCGACACUAGCUGCGCACAACCCAACCUCUGAUUGUUGGAAACCGCUGUCGGUCAAAGAAAUAGCUCAUAGGGUUGGCUGCCAGUGUCUUGCCCCUCCUCACAACAUCUUGUUUAUAAACACGGUGAACCCAUGUAUGCUCCUAACACCGGUGACUUCACUAACUAGCUCACCAACCAGGCUGAAGUGGUGUGGUAAUGAGGAUCACCGACCUGGAUGAUUAAAUUGGCUAAAAUCAAAGAAGGUAGAUUGGAGGAGAGUGAUUACUGGCUGGAAAAUGCACUGGCCACGGUGUUGUAGUACGGGUCGGGGACGUAGCCUUUAUCCAGAGAAUCAUAUAUGAGAGUGAGAUAAAGCAGGCGGGUUCUUUUCUGGUAUCCACUUUACGUCGGGUGAAGAGACCUUCGGAGUCUUGAGGUAGUGAAUAAAUGGAGUCCCCUAAGCGCUGUAGAUGGCGGUAGCGCACGUCUUGUGCAAACACCAUAAAAAGAGAAGAAGAAGGAGGGACAACGCCCCCUUAGGAGACCAAAUUUUGAGCACAUGCUUUUGCAUUGAGUGAUUGUGUUUCGAUUCCUCUUUAUUAUAUAUCCAACUUCUUUGCUUUAUCCAUCAUGGCGUUGCACUCACUGCCCAUACACACAGUGGAUCCUGACCUUGCUAAAGCCCAGUGAUUGGAUACUCCGUGGAGUUCACUUAAGAGUAUCCAAUCACUGGGGGUUUCACCUCCUAGCAAGGCCAGGAUCCUUGACCUUUAGAUAUGGCCACUGUGUCCUAGGCUACGCCCCGUACUACACUGUGGCCAAUGCAUUUUUCAGCAUGAGAGCUUUCUUAUCCAUUACACUUUCUUUGGUACUGACAGUAGAAGAAGAAAGUGACUCUGUUUGCAGCCAUGCUGUACUAUGACGUGAAUGAAUCAUCUUUUCUCUACUGUCUUUGGCUGAAACAAAUGCGUAUGCGGCAGGGUUUAGGGUUUUUGAACCUGGGAUGUCCACCCUUGCUAAUUUAGUAGAGAGGGUCUGGACUAGAGGAUGACAUUUUUCGGGAAUUUCCGUGGGUCCCGCGUGUCCUGCGGGAUUCCCGCGGGAUCAGAGUCAAAAUUUUAAAGAUGAACAGGAGCGGGCAGGAGCGGGAAUAAAGAUGAAUGGGAGCGGGCAGGAGCGGGAAUAAAAAUGAAUGAGAGCGGGAAUGCUUGCUUAUUUUUUAAUUAAAAAAGCCUAUGAAACGGGAGUGGGAUUGAUUUUGAGUGGGAGUGGGCAGGAUUGGGAGACAUUCUUUUCAGGACGGGACGGGAUGGGAUUUGUUUCUUUUACCCCGCUCCGGGACGGGACGGGAUGGGAUUUUUUUUUCUGGGACCGGGAUGGGACGGGACGGGAGUGAAAAUCCACUCCUGUGUCAUGCUCUAGUCUGGACGUACAGUAUAGCACAUAACUGAGCACAUAUUUCAAGGGGGAGGCUUGAAGUAUUGCAAUGAUUGGAUCUGAUUUUACCCACUUGCUGAUGUUUGGUUAAUGUAUGUAUGAAGGGUGCCAUUGCCAAAUCACAGUACACUGCAUCCUUUGAAGUUGAGUGAAGUGAGGCCAGGCUAGUCAAACUGUGAAUGCUGAUGUUUGUUUGUAUUAUAUAGAUUACUGUGUGUGUGUGUGUGUGUGUGUGUGUGUGUGUGUGUGUGUGUGUGUGUGUGUGUGUGUGUGUGUGUGUGUGUUUGUGUGUGUGUGUGUGUGUGCGCGUGUGUGUGCGAUGCUAGAGCUAGAUGCUGUUAUUAUGCAGUGUUAUGAUACAUUUCUUUUUUUUUGUUCAGCCAACAGCACUCUCCAUUGUGUUUUUUUAAUUAAUAAAUGAUGAUUGAACAAAAAUAAUUAUAAAGGACAUUCAAUGGGCUUUGCCGCACAGUGCUAAAAUAAAGAAACA